AUGUCCGAGCCUCGCACCAGCCCAGAUGGGUCCAGCAGGAGCCUUCCUCGAGAAGCGCCUGGCUUGAGCUACUGGCAACGCACUACGCGCGCCUUUGAUCAUCUCUUCGCCAAUCGAGACACCGCACUCCCAUCAAUCAGCAAAUAUGUGAUCAUUGGCUCUGGCAUCUCGGGUGGCCUCACUGCGUUCGAGCUGAUAGAGGCGGGCGUGAAGGGGGAGGAUAUUCUGAUUCUCGAGGCCAGGGAAGCAGCUUCUGGGGCCAGCUCUAGGAACGCUGGCCACGUUCGACCAGAUGCAUUCCGGGGUUUCAGUGCCUAUUCCAAAGUCCAUGGCGUCGAACAAGCGCUGAAAAUCAUCCAGAAUGAAAGGCUAGUGCUCGAGAAGGUCGCCCAGUUCGUGAAAAAGCACAACGUUCAAUGCGACUUCGAUUUGACAACCACCUUCGACGUUUGCAUGACCUCGCAGUUCGCGAAAUACGAGGCCGAAAGCCUUGAAGCUUACAAACAGGCUGGUGGCGAUGCUUCACAUAUCAAGUUCUAUGAAGGGAAAGAUGCACAAGAAAAGACCAAAAUCCCCGGUGCUGUUGCUGCGUACGAAUGGCCCGGUGGUUCAAGUCAUCCGGCAAAGCUGGCACAGUUCCUUCUCAAAUCCGUGAUUGACCAGGGCGCUCGCCUUUUCACAUUUUGCCCUGCGAUCAAAGUCGAGAAAUCUUCAGAGUCGUCAGAUUUGUGGGAUAUUCACACCACCCGUGGAGUUUUGAAAGCCGAAAAGGUCAUACAUUGCACAAAUGCACAUGCAGCGUUACUUCUCCCACAACUCGAGCCUUAUAUUCGGCCCAAUCGAGCCCAGGCCCACACUUUGAUCCCUUCUCCUGCCCUUGCCGCCGCAGAAUGUCUCCAGAGCACCUUUUCUCUACGUUAUAGUCUCCAUCAUUUCUACUCGCUUAUUCAACGUAAGGGUGAUGGCACACUUGUUCUAGGUGUUUCCCGAACGAAUCCCACGCUGAGCGAAGAGACUGUCGCAAGCCGUUUCAGUACCGAUGACAGUCGAUAUAACGAGGAAAUUGCUGAAGAUGCGUUGCGGAGCUUCGAAAAAAUCUUCCCACAAUAUGCUUCCGAGUCAUUGGUGCAUGGCGAAGGUCUUGAUCAUGCUUGGACAGGGGUCAUUGCAAUGACUACUGACAGCGUUCCAUUCGUUGGUGCUAUCGACUCGCUACCAGGGCAAUAUAUUUGUGCCGGAUUUAAUGGACAUGGCAUGGCUCGUAUAUUCACAUGCGCCCCUGGUGUUGCAAAGCUGGUUUCAAGUCCCCAGGGAGACUGGAAGGAUACGGGGCUCCCUGAAUGCUUUCAGUUUAGCCCCGAGAGGCUUGCAAAACUGUCUGCAGGAAACAUGCCUUCGAUUUGGUAG